AUGCCCUUCAGCGCCUUCGGUGCACUUGUGCUCCUUGUGCUCCGUUUGCUCUGUGCAGCUACCCGUGAUGUCGACCUCGAGGUUCAGCGGAGCAAGAGGAUGGAGACACGCCCCAGGGCUCUGCAACACAUGCUUGCAGGGGCGGAAGAUGCGCUUCAAGCGAGUCGGGAAGAGGAGGUCGGCCUGGAUCGCCCGGCGGAUUUUCGGCGCUCGGUCCAAGGCGGCCGUGACCUGGACAAGGAGCAAAGCGAAGAUCUCCGCCUGGAGCGGCAGCUGGCCGUGCAUCUUGACACUGCAGAAGCCCGCGAAGUCUUGCAUGGCCAGCGCGUUUCCUCUGCUGUGUCCUCUGCUGCCGAUGUGCUGGACGAUACAACGACACAACAGCCAGCUGAGACGAGUGCGCAACAGCAGAACGAGUCAGCCAAAGAAGAUUUCCAGAAGGCAGGUGAAGAUUCUGAGAAAGUGAAAGAGGACGUCGAAAAGGUGGAAUCAGCAACGCAUGAUGCACAAGAGAAGUCCAAGAGGGUGGACAAAGACUUUGCCAAGGAGGAUGAGAAGAUCAAGAAGCUGGACGAGACCUUGAAGAGGCUGUCUCAGAAGACCUUCCGAUGGCAGGAGGAGAUCAUGCAGUACUUCGAAGAUGUCGAGGGUCCCAAGUACUCUCCGCUCAUGAAUAUCAAGCUGGACCGGUCCAGGGACGGGAAGGGCGCGGAGGGCGACUCAGAGCCAGGCUCGGCAGGUCAUGAAAGCGCUUCUUGCUUCUUGCCGCGGUUUCCUGAACUUUCGCCCAGAAGAUGA